UUGGCGGCUCAUUUGGCCAAUGGGUGUUGGCAACUGUCAGCUCUGUUUCACGGCCAUUGGUGGGCGUCGUGGGCGUUGACUGCGCUGCCCGGCGCAGGUCCCGCCCCCACCGGGGCCAGAGCGCGGCGUCGCCCAACGGUCGCCCGCGGCCGCCACGAUGGGGAGACUGAAGGGGGAGCAGAGGCCGCGGAAGCAGGUGAGCGGGUGGGCGCGCGAGAGGCAUGUGGCAGUGCCGGCAGCGGCCCGGCUCCCGGCACCACAGCGCUAAACGCGCCCGGAGAGUGGUGGUUGGUACGAAGCACAAAAGCACUUAGGUCAUUACAGUUUGCUAAUCCAGCCCGUCAGAAAACAGAGUUCACUCCAGGAACCAGUCGAAGAGAGAAACGGAAGCUUCAAGCAAAACAGCCGAGUCAGUCGAAUGCAGACAGGCAAACGAUGCCCAUAAAAAGUAAAGUUUACGACAGUCAAGGUGUCCUCAUCGUCAGCAAACGGGACCGGUGUGAUUGUUUGGACGAGGAUUGUUUGGGCUGCUUCUACCCGUGCCCUAGCUGUGACUCCCAGAAAUGUGGCAUUGAAUGCCGCUGUGAUCGAAAGUGGUUGUACGAGCAAAUUGAAGUAGAAGGCGGUGAAGUAAUUCGCAAUAAGAAUGUGAACUAGGAUGCUGAGGAUUUUCAAAUGAUGACUUUUAUUUAUAAACUUAAAAAAUGUGCCAUUUUCUGAUUGGAAAUGUGACCUUGUAAAAGUGUUGCCAUUUGGUUGACACGUGAUCCAAGGUACAUUCCAGGAAAAAGAAAUCUGUUGCAGAGCUUAAAAGAUAUACUUGCAUAUUUAAAAUGAUAAUGUUAACAAUUCAAAUAUAUGAUCAGCAGUGUUAAAUGUUACGUGUGCUGUAAGUGCUAAAUAUUUUCUACACUUUAUCUGCUCUUCCAUUCAGACAACUGAUUUGAAUUGUUGAAUUCAAUUUUUUUUUAAAGCAAUAAAUUCUAACUUUAGUAAAUUACUUUGAAUUACUGGAUAAUUCAAAAUCAGUAGGGGAAAAAAAUGUAUUUUGAUUGUCAGGACUAAGUUGUAUCCACCUUGGCUGUCGAUAAAGCUUUUUCCUUCCAUCAUGGUGUGCUGGUGCAUAAUAAAGCUGCUGGACGCUA